GCAAAUCAGACUGCCCUGGUCAUGUCUAGCGACACAGCACUGGGGCAGAAGCUCUCUCCAGCUCCUGGCAGGGUUUCUGUCAAGAGAAAGGCCGUCAGCAGAAUGUCACAGAACACAUCUUGUCAGAACUGGCUGGAUGCAGAGAGCAUCUUGAAAAAGUACUACCUCUCCAUAUUUUACGGGAUUGAGUUCGUUGUCGGGAUGCUCGGGAACAUCACAGUGGUGUUCGGCUACCUCUUCUGCCUGAAGAACUGGAACAGCAGCAACAUCUAUCUCUUUAACCUUUCCAUCUCCGACUUUGCAUUCCUGUGCACGCUUCCCAUGCUGAUAAGGAGCUAUGCCAAUGAGAACUGGAUCUAUGGAGAUGUUCUCUGCAUAGGCAACCGCUACGUGCUUCAUGCCAACCUGUAUACCAGCAUCCUCUUCCUCACUUUCAUCAGCAUCGAUAGAUACCUGCUCAUGAAGCACCCUUUCCGAGAACACAUUCUGCAAAAGAAGGAGUUUGCCGUUUUAAUCUCUUUAGCUGUCUGGGUCCUAGUGACCUUAGAAGUCCUACCCAUAUUCCCUUUCAUCAACUCAGAAGGGACGGACAAGGACACCAGCUGCAGCGACUAUGCAAGCUCUGGAAUUCCUAAAUACAAUCUCAUUUACAGCCUGUGCCUGACUUUGUUGGGCUUCCUCAUUCCCCUCUCUGUGAUGUGUUUCUUCUAUUACAAGAUGGUCGUCUUCCUAAAAAGGAGGAGCCAGCAGCAGGUGACUGCCGUGCCCCUGGACAAGCCCCUGCGCCUGGUGGUCCUGGCGGUGGCCAUCUUCUCCGUGCUCUUCACACCCUACCACAUCAUGCGCAAUGUGAGGAUCGCCUCACGCCUGGAGAGCUGGCCACCGGGAUGUUCGAAGGAAGUCAUCAACUCCUUAUACAUUGUGACCCGGCCUCUGGCUUUUCUGAACAGUGCCGUCAACCCCAUCUUCUACUUUCUCAUGGGAGACCACUUCAGAGAGAUGCUGAUUAAUAAGCUGAGACAGUACUUCAAGUCUCUUACGUCCUUCAGGACGUGAGCUGCUGGGUGCCGGUCUUCACUCAGCCAAAUUGCUCUGCAGCUGAGGUAGCACCAAGUAAGCCACUGUCUCCAGGGUUUAGCUCCCCACCACACACAACGCUGAAGUAGAAACUGUGCCUGGACACCCAACUAGUUUUAGCUUAAAUAGGUACAAACAUACCAGAAGAGCAACUUUCUGUCCUUAUUUCAGGUUGUACUCAAAAUAUGGGAAAAUGUGCAUUAAAAAGGAUAGAUACCUUCACCUAAGAACUGAAGGAGGUGAACUAAUGGUGUCAAUGCUGGGGCACUUAAGAUCCAAAACCUUGGAACUUCUAAGAACUUUUCUAUCAGUGUAAAAUGAAUAAAAGAUAAAAGAUAGAUAAAUCGAUCGAUCAAUCGAUAGAUAGAUAAUCGAUAGAUAGAUUAUCAUGUUUAUCAUGCUGCAUGCAUUUCAUAAUUGGCCAGGUUGAUAACCAUGUUUAGGAAAUAUUCCCUGCUAUUUUUAUUCUUGCAACAUGAGAACAUUAUGUGAAAAAUAAAUAGAACUCAAUAUACACCAUUAACUGUUAUUUUUAGAAGUUAUUUUCUGGAAAAAUGUAAAUAAGAGCAAAGCUUAAUAAAGCAAUAUAAUUAGGUUUUCUGUACUGAUCAUGAACUGUAAUUCAUCAUUAAUGUAUCAGUCCUUUUCUUUUAGGUGGGCUAUAGCAAGUAGGAAUCUUAGUUUAGGUUAGUGGGAGGUAAAAUGUUCAACGAAAGGUAUGUUCUAAUUUUGCUUUCUUGAAAUUUGUCCAUGAUGAAAGUCCAUAGUAAAUUUACUCAAAUAUUGAAGGCACGUGUGAUGAACAGAUUCAGAAAUUCCACCAUUAUAGAAUUCUAAACAUGUUGGAAUCUCACAGCAAAAUAAAGCACACCAAGAUGAAGUCACUGUUUCUAUGACAAGCGUGCUGUCUGAAAUUUUUGGUGUCACAAUCUGAUGUCCAGAACACAGAAAUAUAGAAAAAGUCCCCUCCACUUCCAUUGUCCCAAAGCAGAGAACUUUAAAGCACAUUAUUGGGGCCAGAGCAUAGCAUUAAGAGCACUUGCUGCUCUUGCAGAGGUUUCGGUUCAAUUCCCAGCACCCAACACUGAGCAGCUCCCAGCUCCCUGUAACUCCAGCUUCAUGGGAGCCAAUGACACAUUCUAUGUUCCUUGAGUGCCCGGCUGUACUUGCUUCACGUACAAACAAGCAGGCACACACAUACUCAAUAAAUACAUCUAUCAAAGAAAACGAAAUGAUUAAUUUCAGAAACCAGCAAACAAGUGGCAAGGAACUAUCCGUUCCAUGUUCAUUGGGUAGUUUCCUUGAACGUAGCCCUGCACCCGUGCGAAAUGUCUGAGAGUUAUUUUGAAAAGAACAGGAAUGUCAGUCAGAGAGCGCUUUCUCUCUUCUUGGGUUAACGCUCCCUUUGGCUUCUGUCUUCACUCCUGACCUCUUCACAUAGUUUCUCACAUGUCCUCAGAUUUCACAGACUUUUUUUUUGGUAUGAAAUGUGACUAAAUUUUACUCAUUAAACCAUUAGCCGAAUCAUUUCCUCUCGAAGAAAACAGGCUUAAAAGUAAAACAUAACUCUAAAUCCCUUACUAGCUCUAAUUCCUAGUCAGAUUUAUAAGGAGGGGAAAAAAAUCUCAUGCUCAUAUUUCAUCUUGCCCAUCUUUUGUUUCUAGGUGAUGUGUCUAUUCAAGUUGCUUAUUUGUUUCCCUUAUAUAAGUCUGAAACCAACUUCUGCAAUUAUUUUCAACAAAAACCAACAUCUGCUUUUCCCAUCAUUGGCCUGGCAGAUCGUGUCCUUAACCUACAUGAGGCCCUGCAUAGAUCCUAACAUGCACACUAUUGAAGACCAAUAUCUGACUUCCCAUCUCCUCAGCACAGGCAUACCCAGGAAAAGUAAAUUUGUGGGGCAAAAUUUUGCCCCCCAAAAUUAAUUUUUUUGUUAUUUGUAUCAAACCUACUUACCUACCCCAAUAUCUUACCAAAGGAUUUUUUAAAAAAGAAAUGCAAGUUACUCAUAAAAGAAAUUAUUGCUGAAAUCCGAAGGGAUUUAAAAUUUAUUCAUCGCUCAGGUUCUUGUUUUUUGAGGAGAAAUGUUUAAAAUACUGUCCUACUCAUUGCCAUAGGAAGGUAAGGAAAGAAACUGAGCCAGGCGUGUGGACAAAACACAGGCAUGAUUGGGACUGCAUUCUAAGACCACAUCAAGAUUAAGCCCAGUCGCGUCGGCUACCCUGGCAGUGGAAUGCAGCAUGUUCCCCUCUCAGUCCCCACCCCUGCCCAAUGUCAUCAUCAGGAGGCUGAUUCCAUCAUGCGGUACAGAAUAUGAGCUGCUGAGUAUUGAGUGCAUCGGUUCAGGAACAACAAGGCAACUCGUGCAGAUCCAUAAAAACGAAGCAGUUUUUACUCAGACCUGCCGACCGUCCUGAGAUCUUUCUUCUGUUUCCGAAGAGAUCUGGAAGCAAUCAACACCCAAGGUUUCCCAAGUGACGUCUCUGAUUAGAUUCACAGGUGCAAAUUCAUAUAGAAACCCUGCUGUGGUCUUAGGGUCAGGUCACAUUCUAAACCGUGGUUAUUAGUAACGAACCAGACGUUCCCUUCUUUUUCUUUAUUUUGGAUUUCUAUUAGAAACUUCCUUUUCAGAACCUUAGCGGGAAAGACGUAUUCGUGGUCAGAAUUCGGGCACCAAAUGUCAUCCUAAAUAUUUAAUCCAAAUGAUGGCGCUGCACUCAGGCAGAACUUUAACGUGUGCCAGGCGUAGCUCAUGGGAACUCACAGAAUCUGAAACAGCUACAAAGGCGCCUGCAUGGGAUCGGCCUCGAUCCUCUGCAUAUAUGUGACGGUUGUGUAGCGUGGCCUAUAUGUGGGACUCCUAGCAAUGGGAACAGGGCUGUUCCUGGUGCUUUGACUGGCUCCUGGGAACCUAUUUCCAAGAUUGCCUUGCCCAGCCUGAAUUCAGGGGGAGGUGCUUGAUCUCAUGGCAGCUGGAUAGGCCAGGCUUUUCUGAAAUGUGGAGGCCGAAAAAUGCAGGCCCAUUUCCAUCAUGUCUAACAGAGAGCUUGGAGACUGAAGGCAUAAUUGUACCUGCUAACUCAGGAAGUGGUUGUCUGGCUCCCUUGAAAUUAAGAUAGCUCAGUGUCAUCCUGAGGGAUGGUUAGGAUAUGCAAAUGUACUUCUGCUCCUUCUCUUGUAACAAUGAGGUCACCUAGGGAAGGGCCUUCUUCAGCAGACAUGACUUGGAGCACUUAGCUGCUUAGACAACAGAACACUAAUGAUUUGAUAUCCCAGAGUUGACAGUGAGAGUUAUCCUAUGUAUCAUGUUAGUAAAAUCUUUUGCUACCUUCUCCCCCCGUUUAUGUUGGGUAUGAAA